CAAAAUCUUGGAUAAGCAUGGUUAAAGCUCUAGGCUGUUUGAAAAACUGGUAGCUAAUUUUUUUCUGGUGACAUUUUGAGCCACCUCAUCUAAUCUAAAUGUACGUGGUCUUCACACUCACAGCGUUGCUGAUCAUCUUGCAUAUUUAGAGCCACUGCGAAGGACAGGCUAUUGUAUACGUGGGAAUCCCGCGCCUAGACAAUGGCAAAUUGUAAUAUAACAAUGAAGUCUCGCAGGAGAUCCCGGCUUCCCGAGAACCUGCAGUUGGCCUGUGAAACACCAUUCGAACUGUCUUUAAGAACCAAGAAAACUGUAACUUAAAUGGUACUUAAUCUGCCUCUUUUGUAAAGUUGUUCCUUCAAGAAAUUCACAAAACCAAGAAAUACUACUGGGGAACAAUUUCGUGGAAAUAGGUGACGGAGAUCCUGCAUGAAAUAGACCAUGGAAGGACUUGAUCCACAAAGAAGAGAACUCCUCGAGGCAAGAAUAUUUGGCAAGUUUGGUUCGGAUCAAGUUUCCUCCUCUUGUCCACAAGCCACCGGAAGUUCGAGUGGGGAUACGUAUGACAAAACUCCUGAAAAGCCACCAAGUACAAGAGGCAGAAAGAGAAAGGGUGCUGCGACCCCAGAUGACGGAUCUGCGAAGUCGGGCAAAGGUGCCAGCCAGGAUGGUCGUCAAAUUACCAAAUAUUUUGGAACAAAGGAUGUCUCAAAAGGCAACAGCAGCCAAUCUUCGGCAUCUUUUGCGAAGAAUUCUGCAUCAAGAGACAUUUUCCUCUCGAAUUCUAAUAUGUUUAAUUCUACCAAAGCAACACAGACGGAUUUAAAAGCAAUGGAUAUUAAGUUGCUGGAAAACAACGUUACAAACGGCAUAGAAUCGAAAAGAAAGGAUGGGACAAUUGACGAUUUGAAAAGGGAAAUAUCCCAGCUGGAACAGCAAAGAAAUACACAAACGGCCGUACAAGCAAAAUUGAAAGACAGAUUAGACAAGAGUCUGCAGAUCAUCAAAGAUUUUCUCAUUCAAGAGGCUAUCGAUCGCAAGCAAGAGCGAAGAGAACUUGCAAUGAAAAACAACCUGCGUCUUGGACAGUUCAACACUGUUAGGCAAGGUGCCCAGUUUGUGGAACAGUGGCAUGAUGGACAUGCUUUUAAAGAAGUCACUAAGUCACUGGAGAAGAUAAAUCAAACAAAGGAGGACGUUGAAAAACAACGGAAAUUGCUACAGCGAAGAAAGCCACCAACUGAAGGCAAACCGGAAAAGAAAGAAAGAAAACAGAAACAACAACAACAGUAUCAAAACGACGACUCCUUCUCCAGACCAACAACUCCAGCCGGGCUGACGAUGAACGAGUACCAUGAGCAAGAUGAAAUUUUGCGCCUCCGCUCGGCAGCUGUUAAGAAGGAAGAGCAAGAGCUGCAAAUGGAGCUGGAAAGACUGGAAAGAAAUAGAAACAUUCACAUAAGAGAAAUAAAAAGAAUUCACAACGAGGAUCUGUCAAGAUUUAAUCACCACCCGACGUUAAACGAUCGGUACUUGCUGCUACAGCUGCUAGGCAAAGGGGGAUUCAGUGAAGUAUACAAGGGAUUUGAUGUGAAAGAGUUGCGUUACGUCGCUUGCAAAAUUCAUCAACUUAACAAAGACUGGAAGGAUGAGAAGAAGGCCAAUUAUAUCAAACAUGCAGUUAGGGAGUAUGAUAUUCACAAAUCAUUGGACCAUCCUCGUAUUGUCCGUCUCUUCGAUGUUUUUGAAAUCGAUUCAAACUCAUUUGUUACCGUACUCGAAUACUGUGAUGGAAAUGAUUUAGAUUUCCUUCUCAAACAACAGAAGAUGGUUCCUGAAAAAGAGGCAAGAGCGAUUGUCAUGCAGGUCAUCAAUGCGUUGAAGUAUUUGAAUCAGAGGAAACCCCCCGUCAUACAUUACGACUUGAAACCAGGAAAUAUUCUAUUAGGGACAGGGGAGUCCAGCUGGGAAGUCAAAAUUACUGAUUUUGGUCUAAGUAAAAUCAUGCCAGAAGAUUCUAUGGAGAGCUGCAUCGAUCUGACGUCACAGGGAGCUGGAACCUACUGGUACCUGCCGCCAGAAUGUUUUAUUAUUGGCAAGUCACCUCCGAAGAUUUCAUCAAAGGUAGAUGUCUGGUCAAUCGGAAUAAUUUUCUAUCAAUGCCUUUACGGGAAGAAGCCCUUCGGACACAACCUAUCGCAGGCAUCAAUUUUAGAACAAAAUACAAUAAUAAAAGCGACAAACAUUGAAUUCCCGGCUAAGCCAGUUGUCAGCAACGAGGGCAAGAAUUUUAUCCGGAAAUGUCUGACAUACCGGAAGGAGGAUAGACUAGAUGUUCUACAACUGGCUGAGGAUUCGUAUCUUCUGCCCAAAAAAUCCAGCUCUGCAUCAUCUAGCUCGAUGGCUCAGCAAAAUGACUCCAGACUUUUUAACAAUCUUAGUCCUUCUUCAAAUGUUGAUCAAAGUGCAAUAAGUUCUUCUAAUUAAAUGCUGAUUGGUUGGACGGAAUCGUGCAGGCUUGCAAGAUAUUUUGCCAUCGGUUGUGUGGCCAUCUUGGUCGUUUUCGUGGUUUAAAAAGAAACAUAUGUAUUAGCCUUUCAAAAGCAAAUCUGCUUCUCCUUCUUAAACAUCUUUCUUCCCGUGCCUUUAUACAAAAGGUAAUUCUUUGUAGUUUCAUUCUACUUGUGCUGUUUUUUAGAAUCAAAAUUUCUUCCUCAGAUUUUCGUAUCUAGAUGUUUGUGUUACCCUCUUGCUCGUCAAGAAACAUCCCGAGAAAAGCUUCUAAUGUCUUGUUUCUGGCCGUUUUUUUUAAAUAAUUGCAAAAAAGGAAUUGGGCUUUGUACUUAUUUGUUUGCGAUAUUACGACUUAUGCAAGCUUAACUAUUUUUAUAUGUUAGGUGUUUAUAUGUGGUAUUUUUCACUUCAUCAACUGCAAAAGUGGUGAUGCUGGCUUGCUUGUUUUGUUCGCUUCCUAUCAUUUCUUUGUGCCAAUCGAUGCUUAUACUCAAGAACGUUCUCGACAUAAAUUUUUGUCAAACUUUCCUUGCGAGUCUUGACCAGGAUUCCCCAUAACCAAGACACCCCAUUGCCACUAUGGCCCGUGAACCACGAUACCCUUAAACCAAGUCUGUAUUGUUUAUGCAUAAUGAAAGCUACCUGUGUAAUACGUUUGUUUUCAGAAGGCGAGAUUAGGGUUGAAGCAACAAUUGCAACAUUUUCUUAAUUUCAUACAAAUGAAAUCGUAUAAUUAUUUUUUCUUCUUAGUGUAACUUGCGUUUCUACGUAAAAUUGGGAAUAAAUCGCAUCGGUCAUAUUAAUUUCUUCGUCUCCACUUAAGAGUCACUCCUUUCCUCUUUUAAAAGUUGAGAUUUCUAUGAAAUCCUUUUUAUCUAGGCGACCCAAAAAUGGUCUUCUUUGCCUUAGUGUAUUCGUCAUCGUCAGCGUAUUGUCUUCACACAUUUCUCGCUGUAGAAGCAAGUACAUUUCGAUGAAUAAAUGACCUUUGAAUUCAGUUUUUUAACUUACCUAUCCGCUCGUUUCGUACACAAAUCCGAUGUUUUGUUUGUUCCAUUUACGUCAAAAUCUUUAGGUCAUUGUAAAUCAUUGGAAACCCCAUUAUUUGGGCAACAAGGGGAUAGAAACUUCAAACAAAAUGAAGAAGAUAGAACGGCAGAGAAACACAGAAACGUCGUACUAAAACCAGGAAACAUUUAAAUGAACAACCUUUGUACAAUGAGCGCACACGACUGGUUUUCUUUUGACUGACUUUCCCUUAUUUCAGAUUGGAUUUAAGGUAUCAGAUUGCUUAAGCGUUCAAAUAGACUAGAGACAGAGAAAGACUAGAGAAUUGGUUGAUUGUAUGUAUAUUUGUACUUGUGCCAAAAAUAUUGUAUUGAUGCAAAAUGUAGACAUAUACGUUGAAGAGGCAACUGGAAAAACUUAAAAAAAUGGACAAUUUCGGACAACUUUUCAGACAUCGUGACCAUAUGAUGAAAGCAUAUUACAAAUAUAUUGAGAGGUAGAGGCAAACAUUCAGCGCCGUAGUAACCGAGUCCUUGGGCUUUUGGGGCUUGACCCCCCCCCGUCCGGGACCUUUUUAGGGAACACGGAUUUUAAUUUUGAUGCCAUAUGAUUGCUACACUGCGCGAAAUCUCAGAAUUAUUCAAAGCAAAAAAACUUGGUUGUUAAAUCUUUCAUCUUAUUCAAAUGUUAGUCUUAGAAAACUUCAUCAAAAUUUUUGCUAGAAAUUUUGUCGAGGCGAAAUUGUUGGUGGUUAAUGUUUGGGGUUUGUUGACCAAAGAAAAAGGAUACGAGGAGCAUAAACAAUGAACUUGAAAAACUGCUUGUUCAAUAAAGGCGUUAAAAAUAUGACUGGAUAACAUUUGAAAUCAUUCUCCCAGAGAAACAAAUAAUGAAACUAAAAAAUAAUGAAUGGAAACAAUUUGUAUGCAACACUAGUAAACAAUGUUUCCGCUAUUUCGUGCCAUCUUCAAAUUUGAACAUAUAUGGAAAUGAAGAAUAAUUUUAUAGGAAAUUGCUUAAAAUAUCAAAAACACAAAGAAACUUCAAAGAAUAGGAAAAUCCGUCAAGAUCAACUCUUACGAAGAAGCAAAACAAAACUUCCCUUAGAUUGCUGUUCUUUACAUUGAAAAUCUUUGCUUUUAAUCUAUGCUCCCUUGACUUUAUAAACUGAGGAAAAUUUGUUCUUUCUCUUUGGCUCAGAAUGAUAGGUUAUAAGUUUUCUGAACGCCACAAAUUUAAGUUUUUUCUUGAAAUCAAAUAGCUAAAACCGUCAGAUUUUAAGCCAUUAAUAAAUUUCCAUAUUUUUUCUGGGAUUCUAACAGUUAAUGCUGAUUUUAUUAAUGGUAAAUUCAUAUAAAAAAUUAAUGAAAGAAAAAUAAUAUGAUUAAUUCUGCAAAAGUUUUGCAUCAAAGAGUUUUUGAAACAACAAGAAGUUUCCGAUCUAUUAAUCUCGCAAAGGAGAGACAAGAUUCUUUCUGAUAUUUCGAAACAGAGAAAUAAAUCAGUUAUGUGACGAACUAUAAUGUAAGAUUCAAUAAUCGUAUCUUUCACUUGGAACAGCAAAAAAAUUGCGUAUUUAUUCUAGCCAGGAGCGUAGCGUGCGGGGUGUGGGGUGUGACGCUCCCAACUUUCAGAGAACUCGUCGGUAGAUUUACAUUU